AUGGGAAGUUAUCGCUUCGAGCAAGCUCCCAGCAACCGCUCUUCUUGCACCAACAAGGAGUGCAAGGAUGCCAAGGUCAAGAUCCUCAAGGGCGAGCUUCGCCUUGGAUCUUGGAUUGAAGGUGAAAGAUUCCAGGGCUACACUUGGCGCCACUGGGGCUGCACCACUCCCAAGGUGAUCGAGAAUAUCGUCACUGCAUGGAAGGAUAUCCUUCCUUCCGAAGAGCCUGACUACACCAUGCUCGACGGCUACGAUGAGCUGCCUGAGGACCUUCAGUUGAAGAUUCGUACUGCUCUGACCCAGGGACACGUCGAUGACUCCGACUGGAAGGGCGAUCUCGAGGUUAAUCGCCCUGGCAAGACUGGAUUCCGUGUUCGUGGCGGAGCCAAGGGCAAGAAUGCUAAAGAUGAGAAGAAGGUUGCCACCACUGAGGGCUCUGAGGCCAACGAUGACACCGUUCCCGCUGAUAAGCCCAAGCCCAAGAGGGCUGCUCGCAGCAAGAAAGCUGCUGUCAAUGAGGAACCGGAUGCUAGUGGUACUGACGAGACAGAGCAGAAGCCUGCUGCCAACACCAAGAAGUCCCGUGCCAAGAAGCCUGCCACCGCUGCCGACGCUGAUGCCCCGCCCAAGAAGCGUGGCCGUCCCACCAAGGCCGCUGCUACUGAGACUCCUGCUCAGCCUGCUAAGAAGGGUACCAAGCGCAAGACUUCCGAAGAAGAGACACAUGUUUCCGAGCCCGAGAAGCCCAAGCGAGCCCGUGGCAAGGCUGGCAAGACCAGCACUUUGCCCAACGAUAAUGAGUCUGCUCCCCCCACGAAGGCCGCGCGUGGCCGAAAGAAGGCUCCCAAGGAGUAA